AUGGACAUGGCCCUUACCGCUGACGAAGCCAUGGAGAUGGAGCGCUUCCUGACCUUCACCAUCGACAAUGGGGUGGAUUUGGCGCAGUCCGCUGGCGGCUCUUUGAUCUGGCUUCCUCAGCUUCUAUCCGGGCAGCACAAUUUGGAAGAAGAAGAAGAUGAAGCGGCAGAGUUUUUCGACCGAGCCAGCGACGACGACGGCCAAGACGACGACGACGACGACGGCGUGGCGUACCAGUCUGACCCGGAGUUUGGUUACCCAACCGAGGAGACCGUUCAGGGUCAGGGCAACAACUACAUCAACACUGUGGUGAUUCUCAAUCUCCUGGCACAGCAGCUGGAGGUCGAUUUCGAAACUGUCCUACAUGAUAUUGUCUUCGGAGAUGGAGCGUAUUACGACGACGGCGGCGCCGGGCUACUAGGUGCGUUCGUCGUCCCCGCGUCCGACGCGGCGGUCGCCGGCCUGGAGAAGCAAGCCUUCCACGCCACGGCGGAAGGGUGCGGCGUCACAGGGUGUGCGAUCUGCUUGGAGGAAUUCGAGGACGGCGAGGAGGUCACCGUCAUGCCGUGCUCCCGCGGGCACGAGUUCCACCCAGGUGCAUCACCGAGUGGUUGGGGCAGAGCAACACGUGCCCUCUCUGCCGCCACGCUCUACCUACAGACGUUGACGAUGACGACCCUUAAUUCCUAA